AAACAGUGGAAGUAACAACAAUUAUGCGUUAAGAAUGCUAACCAUGAAAAUUUCAAGACGAUGGAUAUUACAGUUACUGGUAGCCGGAUCAGCCAUCUACGGUAUACUAGCUGCUGCGCACACCGAAGAAUCUACGAAGGCUACAACGUUAAACGACCAACGGAUACAUCCUCUCGCUGACAAUGACGUGCCUGGUGUCCGACCGUUGCGCACGACCGUCCCAAGCCACGAGACAUCAAGGGAACAAGUUCAUACCGCGACGGCAGGAAGUGACGACGUACUGCCCACGUAUCCUUCGAGCGGGAACCAGAAAGCUUUGGCAACGGGCAAUGUCAGAGGAAACGGAAACGAAGUCAAAUAUCUACUACCGUCAACGGUAACGACGACUGCCGCGUAUGCGCCGUCGAUUAAUGCGACAAGAAUAGCCAGCGAGCAAGCUGACUCGAAGGAGACACGGGUAGCAUCCUCCGAGAACCCGGCUAAAGAUGGCCCAGAAUUUACAACAGAAUCAAGGGGCCGCGCCAUGCAGGGAAAUAGCAUCGGUGUACAAGGUGAGGGAAACACGGAUACGAGAAAUUCACUGCACGGCAACAUAACGGAUUUAAGUGACGUCAGCAUGGACGAGGAUGACAAAGACAUCGAGGGUGGGGAGUAUUUGGCGAGUAGAAACGUAUCCGGGUUAAACUUUCACGCGGAUGCGUCCGGACCUGUUGAGCUGUCACCUGUUCAGGGUGCGGAGGUGAGAUGUACCCGAGGCAACGAGACGUACGCGCCUGGAUCGCAUGUGUACGGAAAUUGCGAGGAGCGAUGCGUAUGUAGCAACGACGGAAAAAUCACUGAUUGUCGGCCACUUACUUGUGCGCCCCCAUUUUUCCGCGCUGGAAGAGAAAUCGGGGAUCCCCUCUGUCAAGAGAACUCAAUACCAGGCGAUCCCUGUUGCGUUGCGAUAGUAUGCGCUCAAGACUCGGAAACGGAGCCGGAGGAAUUCUGCUACCUGGGCAACAAUACCGUGCCAAGGGGUGGCACCGUCGAGGACGGAUGCUCGCAGGUAUGCGUAUGCGAGGCCCGAGGAAAGCUCAAGUGUCGGCCGAGAUGCCCUUCGAAUUCGACGUCAACGUCAAUGGCGACGAUGAUGGCAUCGAGCGCGAACCAACCCGACAAGUGUGUCCCCGUACCCGAUCCCAGGGACGCCUGCUGUACGAUCACUCUCUGCGACGUGACUCUCGGCGACCACGAGAUCAAGUCUGACUUACCGUCGGCGGAGCCGUACGAUAAUCUUACGAAGAUAGAGGCGGUAAACUCGACUGCAAUGAAACUAUUUUUUUCCAAUAAUACGACACCGCAGAACGUCACGAUUCAACUGUCAACGGAUAACGUUCUUUGGAGGUCGGAGAAACUCCGUGAAGAUAGCAUCAUCGGAGGUUUGGAGCCCUCGCGCACCUACUACGUUCGAGUGAUCGACGGGGCGGGUAAUCGGCCGAUUGCGACGCCCCUGCAAGUCAACCUACCAGGUCUGUCGAACGCGGACCCUGCAACAACCGGUAUCGAUAGUAAAGGAGCUGAGACAGCUGGCGUCUGCAAUCACCGGGGUACGUCGUACAAAAUCGGUGCCGAAUGGUACGACGAGUGCAUAUCGUUCUGCACUUGCAGCGGAGACGUUCAAGGGAUUAGCCCAAAAACGGAAUGCGCGACCAUCGAGUGUCCGACCGACUUUGGUCUCGACGUGCUGGACCCGAAUUGCCUCGACUGGGAGUCGGUGCCGGCAGAUUUCGUGCCGGUAGCGCCCCGUUGUUGCUCCCAAGAGGUUAGGUGCAAGAACAACGGCUCCUGCCUUUACCAGGACAAGAUGUACAACAACUGGAGUCAGAUACCGACGAGCGUAACCGGAUGCGACAAGAGAUGUUACUGCGACAUGGGAAAUGUAUCCUGCCAACCGGCGUGCCCACCCGUCCCAGCAUUGCCGCCAACGAAUCUCGACUGCCCACCGACUCACGCAUCGCUGAGACAUCUCCCCGAGGACAAGUGCUGCUUGCACUGGGUAUGCGGAAACCCCUCCGAGGCCUCGUUGCCCCCAACGAUCGGAAGGAACGGUACGUCAGCGUAUCCCGGCCCCUUUGCCACAGACAGUAUCGAUCAGCAGCAGCCGAUUGGCGAUAAAAUGAUACCGGGUAUAAGCGAACCGAUUGACCAACAGAAACGGACCGUUGUGCAGGGAUUGUCGGAUCGUUACGCAACGAUCCCCAGACCAAAAUCACACGAGAGUGCGGCAAACUUGGACUCGAUUAUUAACCCCGACUCGACCGACGAUCACGGACUAAUCCACUACCCAAUGGACCCGGGUCACCCGACGUCACACACCACCGUUACGGCCAUACCGUUGACGUCCGCACCGCCCACGCCCCCACCUUACCACGGGCCCUAUGACCCGAAUUUCGUACCGACGCAACCUUUCGUAGAGGGCAUCUUUCCAUUGACGCCGCGGACCCACGUUAAAGCGAACCACCCGCCGAUACAGGUCCCCAAGGACAAGUUGAAAUCGAGGACGGAAUCGAAGAAACCUGUCGAACUUAUGAAACCGAUCAAAGACGCGACGGCGGCCGCGGGUGGUGUAACGCGUUUCGCUCCCCCAACAACUUCAGAGAUGUAUGCAAAUCUGUCGGAAUUGAUUCCAACAAUGGACAAAAUUUCACCCACAUCGGCGGCGGCGACGACGAGUUCGCAAGACGCGCCUGGAAAGACGACCGCCCUGGUUUCGCCCUCCGACGAUAAAAGCAGUUACACUUCGUUUAGCCACCGCCUGCGCGGGCCCAAUCUAAUUCCCGCAGCACCUCUCAAUAACGGCGUAGUCGCGCCACAAUUUCAAAAUCACCGCGAGGCCGCGAUCUACCAAGGCACGUCGCCUUCUACGCAGGCCGCAGGCGGUACCACAGCCGCGAAGUUCGACGGGCCGAAAACCGUCGCACCUCACGAUCGAUGGAACGACGACUCGCAAUCAGCCGCGAGGGUUCCGGUAGCCGAUAAUCGAUUUCACCUCAUUCCUAGUACAAAACCUUCACGCGUAGCGUACCUUGGAAAUUCGUCACCAAAUCUGCUCCCGUACGGGCCAGGUAUCCUACAUCCGAAUACUCGCAACUUGCCCGAAGAGUUGUAUAGCUUGAUUAAUCUCCGUCAUCCUGGUCUGGUACGGCUGGAGGAAUACCCGCACGGCGGUGAUCAAAGUCUUUACGACACGGCGAUGGAUCUGGGCGCGGGAGCAGAGGGACAACGCGAGUACGACGGGGUGUCGUACCGACCUGGCCCUUUGCAAUAUUUCAACCCUCGUGAAAUUACCGAGACAGGCGGCGAGUACGAUGUACGCCAAAGCUCCGAGCUACCCAGCGAGGCCCGUCGACACAUUGAGAAAUUAUUGCUUCACGUCGCCGAGAAGGAUCCAAAUCUCGGACCGUUCCAGCGGUACCCUGGGGGCGAAGGGCCGAUUCUACGAAGCGGACCGCCGCCGCGCGGCUCUGUGCCGUUCUCCUUACCGCAGGAUUCGGGCCAGUUCACCCGACUGAAUCACCCGUUCUCCGGCGCAACCAUAGUUCACGGCACGAGCUCGUUUCCCGCAUCAGGACUGGACCACGCAUUGCCGCCGGGAUUUCCCAUCCGGGGUCGUCCAGAAAUUCAAUCCUCAUCUGAUCAGAUCACGGUUCAGACGCUGGAGGCGGUUGCGGAAGAUCGUAUCAGACUCGUUUUUACCGUCCCUCGUAUAUUAGUGGGACUUCACGGGAGGGUUGAAGUACGGUAUACCAGCGAAAAGAUGAACACCGACCCAUCGACGUGGAAAUCCCAAAUAUUCACGCCGCCCGACGAUCUGAUAGCAACGCAACUGCUGGAAUUCGAAUUGGGUGACCUAGUACCGUCUACCGAGUAUAAGGUCAUGGUGACGGUGAAGCUACGCGACUUAUCAAACAGCCCGAUCAGCAAGAUACACAGUGUGGUCACCCUGGAGGCAGAGAACACUGAUGUGGCAACGCUUCCUCCGCAAAUACCGACUGAUGCCGAACUGGCGGUCGCUGAAACAAACUCAACGUGGGCCAACAUCGUCUGGAGAAAGUUUACCGAGUACGAGCUGCAGUUCAUCGACGGCGUCCAACUCCGGUAUAAGGAAAUCGCUGGCAAGGUCUACGCCGCCACCCCGCUGAUUCACAGGGCCGUGACGAGCUACGUCCUUGAAAAUUUGAAACCGUCAGCGACCUAUCAAGUUGAAAUAUACUUCAUACCUUUCCCUGGCCAACCUAACGAACUAGUCAGUGAAAAAUCGAUCAACUUCACCACGAGCUCAGCGCCGGAUCCAUACGCCUUCGACAUCAAUGUUGCGAUAAAAGGCAUAAAAUCAACGGAGGUGGAAGUCGCUUGGAAGGGUGUGCCCUAUCCGGAGGACAAGUACGUGAACAUAUAUCGAGCAAUCUACCAGAGCGAUACAGGGAAGGAAGAUACGAGCACGUUCAAAAUAGCCAAGCGGGACUCGCCUGCUAAAACGACAAUAGGCGAACUCAAGCCAGGGACCCAUUACCGCCUGUGGAUCGAAGUGUAUCUCACUAACGGCAGGAUAAAGAAAAGCAACGUGCAAGACUUUGUUACGAAGCCGGGGAUCCCUAUGUCCGCCGGUGUUUUGCAACAACAAGGAAAACUGGCCACGCAGUUCCCGCUGCACGAGGGUGACUACUACGGUCCUCUUGUUAUUGUCGCGAUCGUCGCGUCUCUUGCUAUUUUGUCAACGCUCAUUUUACUUAUGAUGCUGAUGAAAAGACGCACCAGCAGCAAGGCGGACAUCUCGCCGCGGAAAUCAACCGCCGCUUACGAUAAUCCCUCCUACAAGACUUGUGAGAAUGCAACGCCAUCGGUAAGCUGCAACGGGCACGAGAUAGAAACUGAAACGAUUCGGUGAAUAGUCAACACCGUGCCAAGAAGUUUUUUCUGCCCUCUGUUCUCCCCGCCCCUCUUCGCAAGAAUUUGCGUCCAGUUGUUGAAUUAUAUAUCAACCACCAUUUAUUUAUUGUCCGAUCGGCGGUUCGACGGGACAAAUCGUCGACGUUCGUAAUAAUUAUUACACAGUUGUGACUCUCGAUACAAUAUACGUUAUACAUGUUAUAUAAAUAUACCUAAGUUUAGCACCUAUACAUACAUUAUCCAUACGAUAUAAUGCAAGUGUCGAUACGAGGUUUUGUAAUAUAAAAACUGAUAAUUGUAUAUACAUACGCAUGAAACGUGCCAAUUGAAAUCAAAUGAAAUACGCGUGAAAGUUUUAA